CCGUGAUUAACAUUGAGAUGCAUCCAUUACGACCCAUGACAAUGACAGCAGAGCUAACAUCAUCAAUAACUGAAACUGGAACAACAAAUCGAACAACUGGAACAACUGGAACAACAAUGCCCAUGUCGAAAUCGAUGUCGCCAACAAGAUCGGCUACGACAUUGAUGGAGACGGCGCUGCGACAGCGUUUCCAUUCGCCAACAUCAUCGAUGGAACGGGAACAGCUCAUCGAACUGCAACACUAUCAAUCGAUGCAUCAGUAUUCGCAUCAGCAUUCGCAUUCGCUUUCGCAUCAGCGUAUCGUUGAGAGCAUUAGCAUACCGGCUAUACCCGAGGAUGUAGAGAGUGCUGCGAUAGCUGGUGAUAUCGAUAACGCUGUUAUCGGUAACGAUGCGAGUGCGAUGACGACGGCGAAGGCGACGGCGACGACAGCGUCGAUGGCCACAAAGAUCACUGAGAAUAAGUUUACUAGAAAAAGAGAACGUAUAUGCAAUAAUAGUAGUAAUAGUAACAAUAGUAAUAAUAGUAAUAAUACAAGUAAUAGUAAUAUUAGUAAUUCUACAAGUCUAAUUUCGAAAUCGGCCUUUUGUAAAUAGAUCCACUUCGAAAUGGGAA